GUGGCGGAUCGCGGGGUUCGACACCGGUUACCGGCCGGCGUUCAGCGAGUGCGGCGGCAACAUUCGAGACUUUAGAUAAACUUAUUUACUGCGAGUGCUGUGCCCUCGUUUAUUCAGGACUGGUUAGUGGUUAAAAAAUCUGAGAGGCAGAUAACAUAAGCUCGGUGUUUUAUGAAGUUUAGUGAUCUAAAUUCUAAUUAAGCAACUUAAUAAUAUGAGAGUACAGUUUAUAUGAAACGGCGUAAAUAGUUAAAUUGAAUUCAAAAUGGGUUGCCUAAGAAUUCUGCGAAUCGGCAAACCCAUACCGCGGUUAUGGCAGAGAAGAUUAUUCAGCUCAUCUACACCUCCAAAGGUGGAAGGAAUUCCAUACACAAAACUGAGUAUUGGGGUACCUAAGGAGAUUUGGGAAAAUGAGAGAAGAGUGGCAAUUGUACCAGCUGUAGUUAAUAAAUUAGUAAAAAAAGGUUUUAAUGUAAAUAUAGAAGAAAAUGCUGGUGUUUUAGCUAAUUUUCCCAAUAAAACAUAUGAAGAAGCAGGAGCCAAGAUAACAAAUUUACAAAAUGCAUAUCAGUCAGAUAUUGUGCUUAAAGUUCGUCCGGUUGCAUCAAAUGAAAUACAAAAUAUCAAAUAUCAGGGAACGCUUAUAUCAUUUUUAUAUCCCGCCCAAAACCAAGCGCUGAUAAAGGAAUUAUCAGCUAAGAAAAUUAAUGCAUUUGCCAUGGACUGCAUACCUCGUAUAAGUCGGGCUCAAGUGUUUGAUGCGCUCAGCUCGAUGGCGAAUGUGGCCGGUUACAGGGCUGUCAUAGAGGCUGCGGCACACUUCCCAAGAUUCUUCUCAGGUCAAAUGACAGCGGCUGGAAGAGUUCCACCGUGCAGAGUGUUGGUAGUGGGUGGUGGAGUUGCAGGUUUAGCAGCAGCUGCCCAAGCGAGGUGUAUGGGCGCCGCUGUUAGGGCUUUCGAUACACGACCAGCUGUUAGGGAACAGAUAGAGAGUCUUGGUGCACAGUUUAUUACUAUGGACGUUAAGGAAGAAGGUGCUGGUGAAGGUGGUUAUGCGAAAGAAAUGAGUGAAGAGUUUCUUUUGGCUGAACGAGCACUGCUCGGCAAAGAGGCGAGAACUUCCGAUGUGGUUAUAACAACAGCUCUGAUACCUGGAAAGCCAGCGCCGUUGCUUAUUUUAGAGGACGCAGUACGGGACAUGGCCCCGGGUAGUGUUAUAGUGGACUUAGCAGCCGAAAUGGGGGGAAACGUUGAGACCACAAAAAAGGGGGAGGUGAUAAAGGUCCAUGAUGUCACGCACGUGGGUCUAACGGACAUGCCGAGUAGAAUGCCCGCGCACGCGUCUACGUUGUACGCGAAUAAUAUUUCUGCGUUUUUAUUCAGUUUGGGUACAAACGACCAUUUCAACAUCGACCUAGAAGAUGAAGUUACCCGUGGGGCGAUCGUGUUAAAGGCCGGAGAGUUGCUUUGGCCGCCCCCGCCCACCAAGAGCAUGCCGCCCGCCCAAGUUAAGGCCGCCGCUGUGGCUAAGACUGAACCGCCCAAUCCCUUCAACGAAACCUUGAAGGAUACCUUUUUGUAUUCCACGGGUCUAGCGAGUUUGAUCGGUCUUGGAGUGGCAUCACCGAAUCCCGCUUUCACCACGAUGACGACGACGCUGGCUUUAUCAGGCGUUGUCGGAUACCACACGGUGUGGGGCGUGGUUCCAGCCCUCCAUUCGCCGCUUAUGUCUGUAACUAACGCCGUGUCAGGAAUUACUGCGGUGGGCGGAUUAUUGCUUAUGGGCGGGGGAUACGUGCCUGAGACGCCCGUUCAGUGGCUGGCAAGUACUGCUGCAUUGAUUUCCUUCGUCAACGUCUUUGGAGGAUUCAUGGUCACUCAACGUAUGUUGGAUAUGUUUAAAAGGCCUGGUGAUCCCCCGGAAUAUGGUUAUCUAUAUGGUAUACCAGCUACGGCGUUGCUAGCUGGAUACAUCGUGACUGCGAUGCAGGGAUACCCUGAAGUCCAUCAAAUGGCGUAUCUCGCAUCUUCUCUGUGCUGCGUGGGCGCACUAGCGGGUCUUAGUUCGCAAGGAACAGCUAGAAAGGGAAAUUAUCUUGGAAUGAUUGGCGUGGCUGGGGGUAUAGCGGCCACGCUGGGAGCGUUAACACCGAGUGCGGAGGUGUUCGCACAAAUGUUGGGUGUUGCUGGCAUUGGUGGGGCUUUAGGUGGUGUGAUCGCUAAGAAAAUCGAAAUUACCGAUUUGCCACAACUUGUUGCCGGUUUUCAUAGUUUGGUUGGUAUGGCAGCGGUUUUAACCUGCCUAGCGACGUACAUGCACGAUUUCCCGGCGAUGGCUUUAGACCCCACAGCAGCUACCCUAAAGACAUCCCUCUUCCUCGGGACUUACAUUGGCGGGAUUACGUUCACGGGUUCAUUAAUAGCAUAUGGAAAACUCCAAGGCUCGUUAUCCUCGGCGCCAUUGUUGCUGCCAGGGCGUCAUGCGAUUAACGCUGGACUUUUGGCGGGGUCUUUGGGCUGCGGAGGAGCCCUAAUAGCGAUGCCGGAUGCCCCCGGCCUGCCCUUAUUGUCUGCGGCCGCUGUAUUGAGCGGGAUCCAGGGAUUGACUCUAACCGCUGCUAUCGGAGGUGCCGAUAUGCCAGUAGUAAUAACAGUGCUAAACAGUUAUUCUGGCUGGGCCCUGUGUGCUGAAGGCUUUAUGCUGAAUAAUUCUCUGAUGACGAUCGUUGGUGCACUCAUAGGCAGCUCGGGAGCUAUACUUUCAUAUAUUAUGUGCAAGGCAAUGAAUCGUUCCCUGCCGAAUGUGAUUCUUGGUGGUUAUGGUGUCACUACUGGUGGGUCUGCCCGUCCCGCUGGAGCUGCGCAUACCGAGAUGAAUGUUGAUACUGUUGCCGAUUUGAUUCAUCGUGCUUCCAAUAUUAUUAUUACUCCAGGUUACGGACUGUGUGUCGCCAAGGCGCAAUAUCCAAUCGCGGAGCUGGUUAACAUUUUAAAAGAUAUCGGCAAGAAAGUUCGUUUCGCCAUUCAUCCCGUAGCAGGACGGAUGCCGGGACAACUGAACGUUUUAUUGGCGGAGGCUGGAGUUCCAUAUGACGACGUGUUUGAGAUGGAGGAGAUUAACGAAGAGUUCCCUGAGACUGAUUUAGUUCUUGUUAUAGGUGCCAAUGAUACAGUGAACAGUGCAGCUGAAGAUGACCCGAACUCACCAAUCGCAGGAAUGCCAGUUCUUAAAGUGUGGAAAGCAAAUCAGGUUGUGGUCAUGAAGAGAUCUAUGGGUGUCGGUUAUGCUGCUGUAGAUAAUCCAAUAUUCUACAAUCCGAACACAGCUAUGUUACUAGGAGACGCGAAGAAGACGUGUGACGCACUUUUGGAUAAAAUAAAGCAUUUGACUGGAUAAACUCGA